UUCAAUAUCAUGCCUGCCACCCAGGCGAAUGAGAAAAUCAACGAAGAAGAUAUUGUAGAUUCUUGCAAGGGUCGUGGCCGCAGAAGGUUGUGCAAGAAAUGCAAAUUCACCUGCACUGACGCCCGUGAGUUCACUGCUCACCUAGCCACACAUUCCGAUAUCGAAUCAAAGCUUGACAGACUUCGACGGAGACGUCCUUCAGUGGCCAAAACACCGGAUGGUCCUCAGUCCAGUUCUGACAUGGACUCGCCGACCAGUGCUCCUCUGUUGUUGGAGGAUAAGGAGAAACUAAAGAACAGCUUUUUCGAAACUCCCGAAUCUGAUGCCCUGGAGGUUUCGAAUGAGGCAAAUGAAAGAGAUGAUGCGAGGGAGGACGAGGGAGAUGAAAUUGAUGCAAUGAAUGUUGACACUGACGAGAAAAAACUAUUCCCACAUCAGAUGGGCGUCGGAGAAAAUUUUAGCCCGGAAGAAGAGGGGGAGGGGAAGCUUGUUAUUGAUGAUGCUGUCAAAAGUGGCCAGAUUUUUCCAUGUCGGCAGUGUAGUCAAAAACUGGAUGGCGUGAAGGCAUUUCUCCAGCACCUCAGUGAGGCGCAUAAAGUAGAGGAUAAAAUUUAUAAGUGUGAUUUGUGUCAGUAUACUAAUGCUAAUAAAGAGAAAUUGGCCAGGCAUAGGAAGAAGCAUUUUCCAAGUACGGCUGACAUUUUUCCCAAUGAUUCUGAUGAAUCUGCCAGUAUGAACAAGAUUCAAGCUGAAAAGAACGUCUAUGAUGACAUGGAUGAAGAGGAACUUGCUGUGCCUGUCACAAUCACAAAUAUCGACCAGCGUUUAGACGAUGAUAAAAAGAAAAAGAAGAAAACUCGUCAGGAGGUGGAUCCAGGAAAAUACUUCGAAACUGUAGACAGCAGCGGUACAAAAUACGCCUGCUCGCAGUGCGGGAAUAUUUAUAAAUGGAGGAAAAGCUUGAAUAAACACUGGAAAGAGAAACACAGCUCAGAUCCUUUGGUGGAGGUGGCCAGCCCCCCUGGUAUGCUGGAGCUGCUUAAGUCAGGGAAGUACACACAGCUGGGAGCCCGUAGAAUCUAUGACAAUGUCUUUUUGUCCACCAUUAAAACAAAUAAAGAUGACAACCCCAUAGACAAUGCUUCGCCCAGCAGCCUCGCUCAGUCUCCUAGUCCACCCAAUUUCCUCAACACCCCUGUGUCGCUUAGUGCGUCGAGGGUUGUUCCCAGUCUGGUAAUGCCCAGUAUGAUUGGACCUUUUGUGGCUGGCUCAACACAGCCUGUAUUCCCGGGGAUGGCCGAUCCAAGUAAUGGGUAUGAUUCACCAGAGGAGGGCGCUCUCGACUUGACGAGAGACAACAAGCCAGACAUGAGCCAGUUUAUGGUGAAGCAGGAGUUCAAUUCUUCUUAUGAUCAGGAGCAGCCUUUGGACUUCUCCAAGAAGAAGGAGGAGAAGAUGAAGCAUGAUAAAGCAUGGCAGGACAUGAAGCACGCUCACGCCAUUAACCAGAUGAUUCCCAAAGUGCACAGGUGCUCCAAGUGUGAGUUCACCAGCAUGUCCGAAGUUGAUUUCGCCAACCACACCAGCUCCCACUUGAAUAAGAGAAUAGUCAAAUGCAACCAGUGCAAGGUUCAAAUCAAUUCCAUGGAUGAGCUCAACAACCACUUCCUCAAGCAUCACUUUCAGAAACUUACUGAACAUAAAGAAGCCAUCAAGAAAAUCCCUCACGGUCUACAGCAAACUUACCAUCUCCUCAAGAUGGAUCUGCAGGACAUUGGUGAACUCAGUAAUCAGGAUCUCGGUGCUUCAGAGGCCAAAAGUCUCAAAUGUAAAAAGUGUGAGUUUGAGGCUAAAUGGCCGGCGGAACUUCAGAAGCAUGCUGUUUCACAUUCAGAAGAGCGUCCAUAUGUCUGCAUGGUUUGCGGCUCUACGUAUAAAUGGAAGUGGGAUCUUGUCAAGCACUUUCAGAAUGGUCACCCCAACCUACCGAAUCCGUACAGAAGAAACGAUAAAAGAGAUACACCAGAUGGUAGCUCUGAGGAGGAAGUUGAAGAAGAGCCUGAAAUUAAACGCCAGAAAAUGUCCAAUGAGUUGAUAAACGGAUGCCGUGAUGAUCAUAUCUCUGUGGAGGGCAUCAUCGCUGCCACACAGGCUGGUCAAAGAGUUGUUUCUAGUCAACCCAACAUUCUUGACGAUGAGCCAAAUUUAGAUAACGGUUUGCCUUACCUGAAAAAGCUUCAGUAUCUCGGCAAUGGAGAGGCUAGUCAGUCAAACACUUUGCAGAUGACCAGAACACCACAGGAGAUCUUGGAGCAGGAGAAAAAUCUACAAGAGGCUGCUCGUCUACGCCAAAAUUCAAAUUCAGCCAAGAAAAUUGGAAGCAGAGAACAAACAAGUCCAGUUCCUGGAACUUCUAAAGCAGAAGAGCUGCCUUAUAAAUGUACAAUGUGUAACUAUCACGCCAGGUGGCCUUCUGAGGUGACGCAGCACAUGAAAAACCACUCCGAUUCCAAACCUUACCUGUGUCCCAGGUGUGAGUAUAGGAGCAAGUGGAAGUGGGAUGUGGUGAAGCAUCUGAAGCGUUGUGGAGGAGGUGGGAUCAAUGAUGUCAUAGAUACCACCAAGGCAAGGAGAAGGGACCUCAUUAGUCACGGGCCGCCCAAUGCUAUUGUUAGCCUGCAAGGUAAACUCAAGAAGCUGACUGGUGCUGAGGAAAGUGGUCCAGCUAGCUCAUCAGCACAGUCUUCAGGUGACGAAAGCCGGCCAAGUUCAAGGGCAUCGACCUUAGACCUCAGCAGCAACAACAAUGAAAAUUCUGUCACUGACAACAACUACUCCAACAACGGUUUUGCUAGUUUCAACUCCAGUUCAAACAUGAACAGCGACAACACCUCCCCAUCCCAGUCACCCCCAAUGAGCACCCAACCAAAGCAGACGGCUACUGCUGAAAUCUGGAGCUGUCCUCACUGCCCAUUCACCACUGCCAGCCAAGCUGAGCUGAAGCGCCACUCCGGCCUCCACUCUGACGAUAAACCAUUCAAAUGUGAUGUCUGCCAAUACUCAACGCGCUGGGCCUACGAUCUCAAGAAGCACAGAAAAAGUUACAACCACUUUCCAAAACCAAAUAAAGAAGACAAGAGCGACAACACCCAGGGAAGAUUUAAAUGCAGCCAGUGCACGCUGUAUUUCCAGACCCUCCAGAACCUGAUGGAGCAUCGAAUAGCUGAACACAUUGGCCGAGAAUCUCUCCACAGCUCAUCAGCCUCUCAAGAACAAUCUGAAAUAGAUGCAGCUCGUAUAAAACACCCUAGAAAACCUAUUAAACAAAUUCAAUGCUCUAAAUGUCCUUUUGUAUGUAAGAACCGACAGACCAUGGAAAAACAUAUGGAGGAUCAUGCACAGCUUGAGCUCAGUGGGUUUCAAUGCUUCUAUUGCAGUUCACAGUUUAAAGAAAAGGAGAUUCUGCUGGAUCAUAUGAGUUCUCAUUCAGCAUUUAACCCAAAAGAGUGGGAAACUUUCUUUAUGAUCAAUGAGGAAGAGGAUCAAGCAAAGGAUGAGAGGAAAGAAGUCGCGGCUGUGCCGGAUAAACAGGAGAAGGUGCUGGAUUCAACCGAGGCGAGGAUUCAACAAAUUUUAAGUGAAAUUCCAAAGAUGGCCUCUCAUCAGACGCAAGCUUCGAAGUUUCGGUGUGAAUGGUGCCCGGCCGAAUUCUCCAACCUAACUGCAGUUUACAAGCAUGCUAGUCAGGCACAUCCUAUACAGCUUAAAGAACAAGAUGUAGGCACAGCAGCCUCAAAAUCUCAAAUAUUGCAAGCUGCGUCUAAUAAAAAAUCCUAUGCAGGUGAGCCAAUAGAGAUCCUAAAGCAGCAAAUAGCUGAGAAACGACAUGAACAGCUGGCGGAGAAGUUGAAUGAGAUGCUGUCUAACAAUCCUAAAAUGCAGCAAAUUUUUUCAAAAGGACUUGAAGAUGGCUCAAAGCAGUUCAGCUGUGACAAGUGCAGCUUCUCUUCUGCUAAUUUAGCCACUUUUCAACUUCAUUUACAGAUGCUUUGUUACAGAUGUAUUGUUCAUAACACAUUUUUUUGUUGA